UAAUGGCAGAUUAACGCCCGCAAAAUUUGUUGACAUGUAUAAAACGUUCUUUCCGUCUGGCCAUGCGGAAGAAUUUUGCGAUCAUGUAUUCCGCACAUUCGACAUGGAUAAAAACGGUUAUAUCGACUUUAAGGUACGUCUGCUGCAUAGCACAAACUUUCUUGUGCUUAAAGGCAUUCGUAGAAUAGUAGACUUAAUUAGAUCUUAAUUGUCGUUCGUAAUUGGGUCCCGACAGACGGUUUUGAGUGACAAUGGGGAAACAAAAUAGCAAAUUGAAACCCGAAGUAUUGGAAGACCUCAAACAAAAUACUGAAUUUUCAGAUGCCGAAAUUCAAGAAUGGUAUAAAGGAUUCUUAAAAGACUGUCCUAGUGGACAUUUAAGCGUCGAAGAAUUUAAGAAAAUUUAUGGUAAUUUUUUCCCUUACGGCGAUGCCUCGAAGUUUGCAGAGCACGUGUUUAGAACAUUCGAUGCAAAUGGCGACGGGACGAUCGAUUUUCGAGAAUUUCUCUGCGCUCUAAGCGUGACGUCCCGAGGAAAAUUGGAACAGAAAUUAAAGUGGGCCUUCAGUAUGUACGACCUUGACGGUAACGGAUAUAUCUCGCGACAAGAGAUGCUUGAGAUCGUGACGGCAAUAUACAAGAUGGUAGGAUCCGUGAUGAAAAUGCCAGAGGACGAGUCCACCCCAGAGAAGAGAACCGACAAAAUCUUUCGUCAGAUGGACAAGAAUAAGGACGGCAAAUUAUCGCUCGAUGAAUUUAUCGAAGGUGCAAAGAGUGAUCCCUCGAUCGUGCGACUGUUGCAGUGCGAUCCUAGUGCACAAGCUCAGUGAGACCCUGGGUCCGUGUGCGUUUCAAAUGCCAUCUGUAAAUACGAAUCGGGGCCCGGCCCAAUCAUAGCCCGGUUAGAGGCGAUGCAAUCAUAGAAGGGAAUCCAUAGAAAUAGAGGAAGCUGUCAAAACGAACAUACAGAGAUACAAAUAUCCUCGUUUACAUCUACACCAAUACACCUACAGAGAAAGAAAGAAAGAAAGAAAGAAAGAAAGAAAAAAAGAAAGAAGAAAGGAGAUAAAAAGCGAAAUAAUGAAAGAAAAAAAAAGAGAAAAAGAUAGAUGUUUAUUUAAACUUUACAUCGUUAACGUUAGUAACGUUUACAUGUGUAUACCGUUAUAGCCCGUCACAACAUCACUAUACCACCACCAAUACCACUAUACUACACUACAACCACUACUACUAUUACAAUUAUCACACACGUACGGCGAGUGUUUGAAACUGGAUAAGAAGAUACUUAAACUAUAUAUACAUAUGUGGACGCCAAAAAGAAAAAAAAAAAAAGAAAGAAAGGAUAAGAGAUCAAAUAAAAAAGCAUACAAUGAUUUUCACAAGGCUGAAGUCAACAAAGUUCGUUCUGGUAGAUUCGCUCCUUCGCAUCGUCUUCUAUGUUCGCGAACGCCUCUUGUCAACUAAAGAAAUAAAAAGAGAGAAAGAAAGAGAAAGAGAGAGAAAGGGAAUACAGUAUGUUGCCUGAGUCGUGUGUGUGCGCCAAAAAACAUGCAAACGUCAAGUAGGGCUCUUGUAAAUUGGGCUGGUACCCGAGUGAUGAGGGGUCCAGGCUCACUGGGCCCAUGGCGCUUGCGCAUACCGCAAACUAGUCGUAAUGACUAGUUCAGUCGCUCCCGCGAUUUAAACUAAUCAGUUUAAACGGGGAUUUUUUUGAGAAGUAAAAAAAAAUGAAGAGAGAGAGAGAGAGAGAAAAUGUAAGAAUGAAAAUUGAAAGUAAGUGUGAGAGAGUGAGAGAGAGAGAGAGAGAGAGAGAGAGAGAGAGAGACUCACGCGUAUUUUUUCAUAUAAUUCUCCUAAAAUUGUGCCGCUCGAUGUACAUACAUAAAGAGAAUUGCUAAUUGUAAAUUCGUUCGAACCUUCCAUCAAAAUGGUUCUUUCUUUCUUAAUUAGUUUAACUGAUAAUAUCUAGGUGCCUCUUCUACGCAUUUACCUAUCAAUGACACGCGAGUUUACAUCAAAUUACAUGAAAAAUGUUUAGAUCUGAUUGACGAGAAUAAUAAAGUGGAAAAUGACGAUUAUAUAGGCAAUAAUUUUCUUUCUUUUUCGUGAUUUUUUUUUUUUUUUUUUUUUUUUUUUUUUUAUAUAGGAAAACAGCGACAGCGACAGCGAAAGAAAAAGAGAGAUGAAUGAAGUAAAACUGCUCGAAAGUUUUGAUUAUUCUUCAAAAUUAUUACACGUCUCGUUCGGUCUUUUAUCAGUAUCCUCCCGUUUUAUGCGAGACUCAUUCAUUCCAUAUAAUUGAACAUUAUACCGAUUUUCGAUCGCUUUAGAAACGCUUUAACGUAAAAUCUGGUAGAAAAGCUUCCCCUGGGAUUUUCAAAGAUAAUUGAAAAGAAAAGAAAGAAGAAGGAUGAUGGAAAGGAAAGAUAGAAAGGGAUGAGUUAGAGAGAGAGAGAGAGAGAGAGAAAUAAAGACGAUUGACAAUUUGCUGAGCGUAGAAGUGCCUUAAUUUUUCGUAAUAGUAUAUGACGUAUAUAAGAGCGUUGCAAGGAUCGAAAAGGAAUUUUUUACUAAGCUUUCAACCAAGACGAACAAUUAAAAAGAAUGCAUUGAAUUGUCAAUGUGUACAGUAUACGUGUAGUAAAGAGCAGAAUCUGAAGAGAAAAAUAAAAAAUGAAAGAGAGAGAGAGAGAGAGAGAGAGACUAGAAUCAAAUCAAAUCGAUAAUUUUUCACUUUAUCAAAGACUUCUAAUUAAUUUAUCAGUAAAAAAUUAUGUGAUUUGAUGAAACUGCUUCGAACGAUGCUCAUUCUCAAGUUAAAUACGUAAAAGAGUCAAAAGUUCGCGUUUCUUUUUUUAUUCCCUUUUUAUCAUAUAUAUUUGUCUUUUUUCUUACAAUAGAUUGCUUUAGUUUAUCGAUUGUUCGACGAGUUCUAUUUCAAUAUAAAACUUCGUAUUGAAUGGUGUCACUGAUAGAAAGAUAUUUUAGAGAAAAAAAAGAGAGAGAAAAAGAAGGAGAGUGUUUGUGUGUGUGUUUAGAAACAUCGAGCGAGCAUAAAACGGAUUGUUACGCGUUUUAGAGCGAGAUAUGUCUUGAUACAUUACAAUAGCUCGACAAUUUACACAUGUAACACGUUUUUGGGUCGCGUAUGAGAAUAUGCGUUUCGACGAUCGUACUUGGGUUUGAGAUAGUUGAAAGAUUUAGGAUUAGCUCCGAAAUUUUUCUAACAUUUAUUUCACAUUAAUUUUCAUUAUUUGAUUGCAAUUAUUAUUUGUUUUGAUAGAAUUUACAAAAAGAGAGAAUAACAAAGAGAAAAAAGGAAAAAAGAAGUGUAAUAAGGAAAAAGGAGAAAAUACGAGUAACGAUCUAAACUUUUGACCUGUUUAAAACAAAGAAAAAGGGAAAAAAAACAUAUUUUAUGCGGCAUGGCUUCGUGCCAAGUGCAAAGUAUUUUGUCAAGGCAAAACGACCGCAAAGGAUAGUUUUUUGUUUGUUUUAUACAGAAGAACUGUAUUAUUCGUAAUAAGAAAAGAAUGCCAAGGGAGAAAAUCUCUAAAGCUUUUUGAUAUUUUUUUUUCUUUUUUCCUUUUUUCUUUCUCUCUUUUUUUUUUUUUUUUUUUUUUUUUAAUUUUUUUUCUUUCUUUCUAUUUCCGACACUGAUACGUAUAAUUCACAUGUAUGUAUGUAUGUAUGUAUGAUAUGUACAUACAUACAUUUUCCUUUAACCCAAGCAUUGAAUUAAUGAGGAAAAUGAAAAAGAAGCACUUAGACCGCUAACGAAUGUUUUCAAAGAGAGAACAGAUCUAUUCAACUUUCAUCAUUUAUUUAUAUAAGGAAGAUAAAAUAAUUAUCGACGAAUAAUAAUCAUGUUGAAUUUCAACAAUUAUCGGAAUAAAAGAUGCUACGACGGAUGAAAUUUGAUUAGAUAGUUAAAAAAAAAAGGAAAUCACGAUUCAUGUAUUAUUUGUUUUUAUUUUAUUUUAUUUUAUUUUUCUUUAAUGAUCAAUUUUUCUCAGUAUAUUGCUUUUUGAAAAUUAUUAAUUAAAGAUGAAGAAAGUUAAUCCACUUGUACAAAAAAAAGAAACUAAAUUUGGAUUGAGAUUUUCUCAACAUUAUUGCUUACGUAAAAAUAAUUUGAGUUGAGAAAAGAAAGAAAAGAAAGGAAAAAAAUUAAUGUUCACGAAAUCUUAAGUAAGUGAAUCUUUUUUUUUUUUUUUUUUUAUUUAAUGAAAUUUAAUUUUACAAAAGCAAGAAUUUCAUUUACGUCGAAGUAUUAGAAGAAAAAAAAGAAAAAAGAAGAAAAACGGAAAACAAGAAAGAAAGAGAAAAAACCUUGAUUAACUGAUAACACCUCUCUUGUUCUAUAGAAAUGAUUUUUUUUUUUUUUUUUAAGAUUUAAUUCGGAGCAACAACUUUCUCACACGCGCGCAAUACGCAACCCUAUAAACGCGUUUGAAUGCACUGUUAUCAAAAUAUUCCUUCGUAUCUAUCGAACAACAAAGAUAGCGAUACAAUUUUGCUCAUUGAUCUUACGCACGUAUCCCAAAUAUUUUAUGAGAUUCCAGUUGUAAAAAAUCCUUGGAAGUUUUUCUUUUAUUUUUUUUUUAUUUUUUUUUUUUUAUUUUUUUUUAUUUAUUUUUUUUUUUUUUUUUUUUUUUUUUUUUUUUUUUUUAUUUUUCUAUUUUGUCGGAAUGUUCGAAAGACAGGUUCGUUCGAACGCACAAUAUUUUUAAUUUUGUUUUAAACUUUGUGUAUCUAUUAAAUGUAAGCAAUAUUUAUUGAAAGGUAAGAACGUAAAAAAAGAUAUAUUUAUAUAUAUACAUACAUAUAUAUGUGUAUAUAUAUAAUAUAUGUGUGUAUAUAUAUGUGUGUGUAUAUAUAUAACCUUUUUACUUUAAUCACUAUUAUUUGCAUAAAUACACUUAUUAUGAUAAUAUUUCCUUGAAAAGAAAAGAAAAUGAUGCUGUUUCAACGCAGUUUUGUUUUAUAUUUUUCGAUCCGUUCCAACCAGUAAAAAUUUUGUUGUACGUAUUAUACGGAUAAUAGAAACAAACAAAUAAAAAAUAUAUAAGAAAUAUAUGGAAAUUCCCGUGAUCGAUCGAUGCGAGAUAACUUUUGUCAAUUUUUUGUCAAUUAUAUUUUUUCGAGGACAAAAAUGAGAAAUCUUUUCGUUUGAACUCGUGCAAUGAAAACAAAAAGAAUUAAAUUAAAAAGAAAGAAAAUAAUAUUAAUAAAAAGAAAAAGAAAUAUAUAUCAACGAUGGCAGUGCACGACGACGAACAUAAAACUUUAAGAUCAUUACUGUAGUCAAAUUUGUCCUCUUUUUUAUUUCCUUCGAAUAAAAAUUGAAAUUGUUGAACUAGAAAAAAAAAAUGAAAAAAAAAGAAUAACUACCGAACUUGUUGUUAAUUUCUAAUCGAUCCAUAUGUGUUAAUUGUACGAAGAAGAAUUCAAUGGAACUUCAAUAUAAUAAUAUGUUCCCGUUGCGCACGUUAAUCUGGUUAUUUUAAAUAAAUAACAUUAAGAACACACAAUAAGAACAACAUAACACAAGUACGUGUAAGAAGAAAAUGGAUUUCAUAAGCAGACACAUGUGUUGAAGACGCACUCAACGACGACGAUGACGACGACGAAAACAACAAACAACAACAACAACAACAAAGAAAAAUGAAAACAAAAAUUUAAGCCGUCAAUAUGGGAAACAACGUCUAUGUUAUUUCAUUUUUCCUAGUCACGCAAUCGAAUAGUAUGUAAAUGUUGCAUAGUAUUAAAUAAGUUGGAAAUUUAAUUAUAUACACCGAUCUACAUAUGUAUGUAUGUAUGUUUUGUAUGUAUGUAUGCAUGCAUGAGUAAACAGAGAAAAAGAAUCAAAUAAGUAAGAAAGAGAGAGAGAGAGAGAGAGAGAGAGAGAGAGAGAGAGAGAGAGAGCAAAAAAAGAGGAAGAAAGAGUAUUAAAGAGAUAGAGAAAGUAUGCACACGUAAAUGCAAGUAUUCUCAUGAAAUUCCAACUCUUUCCUGUACUUUUUACAAAGAACCGAUUUCAAAACAGACGGCCAUCUUUAAUCCUAAAUCGUCUGCUUCUUCGUAUAUCUCGAAAAAAUAUAUAAUAAUUAAUUAUGAUAUAAUAAUCAUUAUUAAAAAAAAAAAAAGAACAAGAAAAAAAUAGAAAAGAGAAAAAAUACGUAAAGUAAUUAGGAACUUUUCCUUUUUUUUAUAAAAAUAUUUUAAUGUAUUAUCAAAAUAUAUGAUGAUUUUUCUUUGUUACAAUUAAAUGAAGAUAUUCAAUUGUACGUAGGAACAGAUGAAGCUAUUAUUUUUCGAAGAAUGAAAUCUUCACGCGAAAGUCCAAGAAAGUGAAUGUUAAAAUUUCAUGACGAUACUGAAGCGCCAAACAACUUGUAUAUGUAUUACUUCACAUUAAAUUGUAAAAUGAAGUUAUACAAAAAUAAAGUAUUUUACGCGUAAGUGCUUUCACCAUAUGUAGACGUCAACACAAAUCUGACGGGAAAGUUAAUUUGACAUUUUCCUUUUACUUUUAUAUGUGUAUGUAUAUAUAAUAUUAAUAUUAAUUAUAUAUAUAUAUAUAUAUAUAUAUAUAUAUAUAUAUAUAUAUAUAUAUAUAUACACACACACACACGUAUACAUCGUUUUUCUCCUUUAUUAUUUUUGUAACAUUAAAAUUCGUAACAAUGUAAACAAUCCUGAAUGUGUGUGUGUGUGUACACAUACAUACAUAUAUAUACAAGAACGAUCGUUUAAUUUUGAGCGACCAUCAAUGUUUAUCUUCGACGAUUUGAUUGAUGAAAAAAAUGGAAAAAAUAUAAACAUAUAUGUAUAUGAAAGGAAGAUAACCAAAAAACAAUUUUAACAAAUACAAUUCGAUACCCGACCGAUUUGUGUUAGAUAAUUGCGAUACGAUACGCUAGCUUACCGCAACAUUAAAUGCGCGUUUAAAGUCGCAAUUGACGCGAUUAAUAAUCGCCUUGCGAUACGUAAAAUAGGAAGUAGGUGUAUUUCGUCCGAUAUAUGUGUAUAUAUAUAUAUAUAUAUAUAUAUAUAUAUAUAUUCAUUCCUUUAACAACGACAAGAGGAAAAUUACAAACAAAGAGGAAAAUUGAUAUCAUUUUCAUUCUUACUUAUGAUUCAAUAAAUCUAUGACGAAAAUUCGCUUCGACGAUCAAGAUCAUAUUAUUUUUUAUUUAUUUCAUUUUUUUUUUUUUUUUUUUUUUUUUUUUUUUUUUUUUUUUUUUUUUUUUUUUUUUUUUUUUUUGAGUUUAUAAAGAGAAAGAAAAAAACGAAAAAGAGACAUUUCUGUUGUUUAGGAAGAUGAUUAGAACUUGACAUAUUCGGCUGUUAAAGGAAUGUGAUCAGAACGAUGUGUUCCAACCGAAUAGGGCCAUAACUAACCUCACCGUGCUCGUGUUACGUUUCAUAUAAAUUAAAUAGAGGAAAAGAAGAAAAGAAAAUAAGAGGCAUAUGGAAAAAGAAAAACCACGGUCAUGUUUAAAUCUUUCUUUUCAAUGUUUUCAAAGUAUCAUAAAAUCGAAUGCAGCGAGAUUAUUUAUUGGGCCCUAGUUAAGUGAAAAUGGCUGUGAUAGAUUUCACGAUGUACGUACAUAGCUUCGUUUUUAUUACACGUAGGACAAUUAUACGUCGCACGGAAUUCGACGAAGAAUUAUAAUUAUAAUAACGACGAGCGUUUGCAAAAUGGGACAGCACAGCACGCACCGUGAUUUUUCAUUUUGAGAAUGAGAGAGAGAGAGAGAUAGAGAGAGAGAGAGAGAGAGAGAGA